ACCAAAUUUCCCUUCCAUAUACUCCGUACUCCCAUCUGCCAUUCCAAACUGCAUUGAACUUAACGUGUUGAAGUUUGUUCUCUUGUGUGUCAGACGUAGGGUAAAUAUUUGAAAGCUUAAUUAAUAAUUACGUUCAGAUUUUGUUAUUAAAUUAAAAAAGAAAAUGAGUAGUUUAUGUACAGACUGGGCCAAAGAAGCUGCUCAGCAGGAAAAAUUACUCCAAAGGGUAGAGAAAAUAAAUAUAUCUCCAGGAGAACAAAAUUCUCAGCCCAAACAACCCAGCCAGCAGAAAAUGCCUGCUGAAGGAUCGUCAAAACCCGGUAGUGUCAGCAGCUCAGAGGAUGAUUCUGUAGAGCUGUCCAAGGCAGAGGCUUCGUUACUUCAGAAGGUUGUAAGAAAAGGAUUAAUAGUCUCAAAACAUGACAUUGAAGUUCAAAGAAAAGACCCAACUUCUCCGUUGUAUUCAGUAAAAACAUUUGAAGCUCUACACUUAAAACCCCAACUACUCAAAGGUGUUUACGAAAUGGGAUUCAAUGCUCCUUCAAAAAUUCAAGAAACCGCCUUACCUACUUUACUUGCUGACCCCCCUCAAAAUAUGAUAGCACAAAGUCAAUCUGGUACUGGUAAAACUGCUGCGUUCGUCUUGGCUAUGCUGUCAAGAGUCGAUGCUAAAAAAAGCUACCCGCAGGUCUUGUGUUUGUCUCCAACAUACGAGCUUGCCAUUCAGAUUGGGGACGUGGCAAUAAAAAUGGGACAGUUUUGUCCAGAAAUUAAGAUUAGGUUUGCCAUCAGAGGGGAGGAAGUGCCAAAAGGAACAAUAUUAACAGAACACAUCAUAAUUGGAACCCCAGGAAAAGUUGUGGACUGGGCACUUAAAUUCAGGUUUUUCGAUCUCAGCAAGAUACGGGUCUUUGUGCUGGAUGAAGCAGAUGUGAUGAUUGCCACGCAAGGACAUCAAGAUCAGAGUUUCCGCAUCAGAAAAGCGCUGACAGAACAGUGUCAAAUGAUGUUCUUCUCAGCAACAUAUGACGAGCAUGUGAUGGAAUUCGCUGAAGCCAUUGUGACGAACCCAGUGACGAUCAGGCUCAAGAGGGAAGAAGAAUCCCUGGACAACAUAAAGCAGUACUAUGUCGAGUGCAAAAACCAAGAUGCAAAGUAUGCAGCCAUAGCUAACAUCUACGGAGUUGCUACGAUUGGUCAGGCAAUGAUAUUCUGUCAUACAAGAAAAACAGCCAGCUGGCUCUCUGAGAAGAUGUCCAAAGAUGGCCAUGCAGUCGCACUUCUGUCUGGGGAGCUGACGGUUGAGCAGAGAAUCGCAAUCCUGGACCGGUUUAGAGAAGGCAAAGAAAAAGUGCUCAUUACAACAAAUGUUCUUGCGAGAGGGAUCGACAUAGAGCAAGUAACAAUAGUCGUGAACUUCGACCUCCCCAUAGACCAGGCCGGAAAUGCAGAUUGUGAAACAUACUUGCACAGGAUCGGUCGCACAGGACGCUUCGGCAAAGCUGGACUUGCUAUCAAUCUGGUAGAUGGUCCUCAAUCAAGAAGAGUACUUAUACAAAUUGAAGAACAUUUCGGAAAGAAAAUUGUACGUCUCAACACUGAUGAUGUGGAUGAAAUAGAGAAACUGGGAAAUGAAUGACCUUAAAAGUACAUGCGUUCUUUGUUGUUUAUAAUUUUUGUUACAGAAGUGAUUCACUUGUUUGUAUUGCCAGUAAAUAGUUUUGCCAACAGUGCACAUAACAGGAGGGCAAGCACGUUGGGUUACCAAUUGAAUACCUUAAAAACUAUGUACACUCUGCGUAUGGCCUUGUAAUUUUACUAUGUCUAAUGUUACUCUUUAAGACUAUUCCUGUAAAUAUUUUCCACGCAAAUGAAAAUGUAGAGUUAAGUAAUGUUUAGUUAGUAUUAAAAUGGAUGUCAGAUUUUUAGGUUUUGAGUUUGGUUAAACAUUAUCAUUUUUGUACUGUUUUCGAUGUAUGGACGUUGAGUGGAUAGCUCAAUUACUGCUUACUAUUGCAUUUACCUUUCAUUAAAUUUUAAAUUAUAAAGAUCUAUUAUUUAAUUUAGAAUUUAUUUUUCUUUACAAUACUCGAAACAAAAACAUUGUUAACAGUGAAAGUAUUAAUCAUAGUAUGAAUUUUGUCCAAUAAAUUUAUGAACUAAUCCAAUAUGGCUCACAUACAAUGUAACGGACAAUGACCUGCCACUGUUUUGUAAGACACGGCUUGGUUGUGAUCCUCUUGUAAUUGUUUUUAUGGACAACAUGAAAAUUAUUAAAACUAACAAAUGGCUCAACAUAAAAUGUUUACAUUCUGUUGAAGGCUGUAUAUGGGACGUAAAAAAAUAUGGAUUUUUUAAUAGUUGCACUAAAAUAAACCAUACUCAUAAUUAUACUGUAGUAGCGUAUGAAACUGUACAGUGUUAACAAUUUUGCUCCUGUCCCAAUACCUCUUGUACAAUUUCAUUUCCAAACAGAAGACUCUUUACACUUAUUCUAGAGCUGAACAAAAUUGUUUAACAUACUAGCAAGUAACAAGCAGCAUUCAAGCCAACGUGUAAAGCUAUGUGGCAAUACAGAAAACAUGCUAUAAUUUGCUAUAUUGUUGGACAAACCAGACACACAAACUGUUAGUAUUUUAGUCCAAGUGAAAUACAAGCCGUACGUAAGCUUUGAAUUUUUUCAUUGUUCAAACUAACACUAUUACAUUAUAAACCAAAUUAGUUAUAGCAUUCAAUCACAAAUUGUGUACAUUUUAAAAUCCCUUUAAUAUCUCUUAGAGUCCUUAUUAGUACUAGUUUUGUAUUAAUAGUUUAGCCAUAAAGUUAUCUUUCUCCUUAAAACGUCCAAUUUGGGUGUAUUGCAGAAUCAAAUUUUAAUAAUUAAUGUAUCAUAAAUUAUAUAUUUUUAAGUAAUCGUCUCAAUACAUAUUUUUUUUGUCCUUGUUUAUUUAUUAUUCUAUUCUUACUUGAAUAUUGAAGUAAUACUUCAUCAUUAGUUUUACCAAUUAUAUUCAAAAAAUUAUUCAAUUAAACAUGUAUUAACGUGAAUAAUAUUAAUUAAAUAUUGGGCAAUGCUGGUACAAUGAAACAUGGAUAAUUCGAAAUUUAAAGAGAUGGUCGAAAAUUCAAAUUGUAUAAGCAUUUUAGGAAGAGCUGAAAAAUUAUAUUAACCUCCAUAUGAUAUUUAUAUAACAAAACCAAUGCUAGGAACAUAGUUAAAUGUUGUUUAUACUGCAUAUUUGGUAAAUUGUACUGAUAUACAAGGUGUUCAUAAUUACUCUAUUAAAUUUCACAAUUUGAUUUGUAAGGUCUAAUUGAAUAAGAAACAUCAUAUAAAGUAGACAUAUCUUGCUUAGUUUAUCGUUUGUCAAUCUGUUCGCGUUUUAGGGGAUAAUAAAAAAUUAUAUCUUUAAAUUGAGCAAAGGUAUAAAGUUCAAACUUUGCAAAAUGUUCCACCCAACUAAAGGCUGCCAUUUUUAAACCUGACAUGAUAUUUUUCUGAAGUUUUUUCAAAAUGGGGUUUAGUUUUGCAACUAAACAAUUUUUCAAAGUUUGAACUUCAUACCUUUGUUCAAUUUAAAUAUAUAAUUUAAAAAAAUUAAAAACAGGCAUACAGUAAACUAAGUAAGUUAGGUUUAUACUUUAUACGACAUUUCUUACUCAUUACAAAUCAAAUUUUAUAGAUAAUUUAUGGACACACUGUUGUAACAAAUACAAAAUGUAAUUAUUUACUCAAUAUUGAGUAUUGUGACAGUAAUAGUGGCUAAAUAAAAACAGUGAGUAUGGGUUUGAGUUGGAGAGGUAGGGGUUAGGCCUUGAUCUUUACAGUGUUUAGAUAAAGUACUGAUACAUUCAGCUAUGCUCAUAGCUAUAGUGAGUCAAUUACAGUACAAGAUAAUGCAUUUUAGUAAUGCAUUUAUUUUUAAGAAUCCUAGCUCAGAAAUUAUGUACUAUGGCCAAUAUAGUAUUUAGUGAACAAAAAUAAAGUUCAUAUUAACCACCCUAUUUUAUAAUUACAUAUAAUGCUAAUGUCAAAUCACCAGAAGAAAAGUUAGAACUUUUUUUGAAUUUCAAACUUUUAAAUUAUCCAUGUCCCACUGUAUCAUCUGCAAUGUGUAUUGAUCCUAUAUUGUAUAGCUUAAAGUAUAAAAUUUGUUUGGGCAUAUAAUAAUUGCCUAGAAUAAGAAGUGUAAUUUGUGUACUAUUGCAGUGGCAAUAUGUUGGUCAUGUUAAACAACAUGCAGUAUCAAUACAGCAUAUUCUAUACUGUAUAUGACUACUAUCUGUAUUUUAACUGAUCGUUUGGUUUAUUAGCUUACAUUAAUCUGAAUCUUAGCAAAAUUUCACUGAGUAAGCAAUAAAUAAUUCAAGAAAUGUUUUUGUAAGCUCUUGUUUUUAAUAUUGCUGUUGAAUUGUUUUUGUGAUUGUAAGUAUACAUUGUUUUUAGCAAUUUGACUGGUGAUAGGUGGUGUGGACCCUCUAUUUAGUGAGACAUUGACAGAGUGUAUCAGAUCACAUGGACCACUGUAUCGCCUAAACUGUGGGCCACAUUGGCACCUGUAUCGAACAAUCAAAAUGGAAAAAAUCUUUGUUCCAACAAUAAACCUAUGUUGUAAAUCAUAACUAGUACAACACA